AUGGGUGUCUUCAUAUGUGUGAUGCAAAAGUUCCCAGUCGUGAACUUCGGCGCCAUGAACAGAGAGAUCUAUAUCGAGCUUGGUUGGGAAGAUGACCUUGAGUAUCAUUUGCCCAACGAGGUGGACAAAUUCGGGCGCCCAGUUCCUCACCGAAAAGCAGUGACGGGUACUGACAGACGAGGAAAUGCGAGCUUGAUGUCAGUGGUCGGCAUAAUGCCAGUUGUCGUACACGGGUUCGCUGACAACGAGCCACACACGCUUGUGAUAUUCGAGUGGAAUAUCAUCUCUGGUGUUCAAGACUUGCGCUUUAAGUCAGUGAUGAUCGAAGUAUCAUUCCUGGCCCAUGGCCCUCGAGGUGAAGCCGAGAAUGAAGCUCAAGAGCUACGCCACGCUGGCUUCAGUAGCCACUAUUGGAAUCCUGAAGUUGUGAAAGCCGUUCCAUCCGGUACAUCAACUUACAAACGCUCAACACGUCAUAUUGGCGGCAAGGAAACAUAUGAACUGGGUUUCAGUGUCGGCUUCCAGCCUUACUUCUCGCUGAGCCCCAAGUAUUCUUUGGAGCGUGACACAAGCUCCGAGAUCGUCGACGCUAUCCGUGUCACAGGCCAGCCGUUUGUCAUGAGCCCCGACCGCAACCGACCAGAUUCUGUACGGUGGAUCAUGCUUGAGAACGAAUCUAAGCGCUCAGGCGUGCCAGCGUAUAUGCGGACGGCUGUUCUGCUUAAGCGUCAGCCGAACGACAACGGUCUGUUUCUGGGCACCGUCAAAGUCGAGACACACAUAUCUUGGUGGGAAGACCUCAAGGAGAGAAAGCGGAGGCUCACUGGGCAAAUAAGGCGGGAUGAGCCAAUAGUGUUUGAUCCUCAUGUGGUGCAGUCGUCGGCCUUUGACAGCAAGAGACAGCAACUUGAUGAGGUGGACUUGGAUGCCGAGUUUCAGAUUGUGGACGAGGAGGUUACAACAGAGCCUGUGAAGCUACCUAUGUAUUGA